CCAGCACCACUCCACCCUGAACGCACCCUCCCAAAAUAGCAGUGCGACUUCAGGAAGCCCCAGGAAAAAAAAAAAAUGGCUGAAGAGUUUUCACCGAUAACUCGGCAAGUCACUAAAGAAAAUCGAGAAAUCGGAACCUCUUCUGUCGACAUUCCUCUUGAAGACGUCGAGGAUUGUAUAAUAUACGACCGGCAUGGAGUCUCUAUUCCCUUCAAGAAAUUACAUCAAGACAGGAAAUCGGUGAUAAUUUUCGUGCGGAAUUUCCUGUGCUAUAGCUGUAAAGAAUAUGUGGAAGACUUGAGCAAAAUACCUAAAAAAGCCCUGGAGGAUGCUGACGUUAGACUGGUUGUGAUUGGUCAGUCUGCUCACCAUCAUAUAGAGCCAUUCUGCUCACUGACGGGCUAUCCCUAUGAAAUGUAUGUGGACCCGGAGAGGUGCAUUUAUCAAAAGCUUGGGAUGAAGACAGAGGAAAGAUUUACAGACUCAGCCCACCCUAGUCCCCAUGUGAAGUCUGGUAUGUUUAUGGGACAAAUGAAGAGUAUAUGGAGGGCCAUGACUAGCCCUGUAUUUGACUUCCAGGGUGACCUACAUCAGCAAGGUGGAGCCAUUAUUGCAGGACCAGGCUCUCAAGUUCAUUUUUCCCAUUUUGACACAAACCGCCUGGACCACAUGCCCAUUAACUGGCUCCUGCAGCUCGCCGGAGUUCAACAGACUCUGGACUUCAGUGAUAGGCCAAAGAUCAUCCAUGUGUAACUAGCUGGCCACCUGAGAGUGCUUUGCCCCACAUCACCGUGAUUAUUCUGCAGAAAUGCACAUGCUUGUACGUUUGUUUGUGGCCUACAUUUAUUUGUACAGUCUGUAGUCUGAAAGCAGGCGUGAUUUGUAGCUGAGGGUGUAAGGGUGGUAUGAUUGUAUUACCUUUUUUUUUGGUGUUUCAUUUUCUACCUUUUCUAUCAGAGUCAUCACGUCUUAUUCUGUAUAUAUCUGCUCCAAUACUUGUAAUAAGAUGGUUAAUAUUUAUGAACACUUCAUAACAUGUUGCACUGAUGUUAGCAGGGUCUUCUUUUUAUGUGCACACCUCAUAUCGACACUGUUUAUUCUAUGAAAAAUAAAGUUAUGUUGCUAUUU